AUGCCACUCGAAAAUGCGCAGGAUUCCGUACAGAAAUGGAGGGCUUCCGAAGGCUGGCUACCUCGGACGUUACACAAAACAUACCUCAUUCCACUGGCAGGUUUGUUCCUGUUCAUGUUGGGUGUCAUCGAACUUCUGCGACAAUACUCUAAGAGGCAGGGAGGCAUCAUCCAUUGGGCAUAUGAAGAGGACCUGCCGACAGCCAUAUGGGGAGCCUACACCUAUCUGCCCUUGAUUUUUGCCCUAUUAGCCAUCAAUCUCCUGGACGUUUGCGCCCAGGAUGUAUUACGACUCGAACCUUUCUUUCAGCUGGCGAAGCCCGGUGGGGCUUCGGCCACAGUGCUAUUCAACAAUUAUUGCUGCAAUGCCUUUACAGCAUCCUUCAUAGCGUUUCGCAAUCGCCAUUGGGCGGUGCUAUGUGCUGCCCCGGUCUCUUUGAUUUUCCGCAUGUUUCUCCCUUCACUGCUAGCCGGUCUAGUAGUUUUGGAUUAUGGGAAUUGGGUUGAGAGGAAAGUCGUCAACACAUGGCCGACUAUAAUCGAUUUGGAAAUUCAACAAGUUUGGCUUGCGGCAGGAUCUUCGGGCGAAGGGCCCUUGGGCUCACCAGAGCUGAACAGUUUCUUCAUGCCUGAUCCUGCAGAUUACGCGACUCCUCCUACCUCACUGCCUGACGAUCAAAACGACUCUUCCCUAUUGACGUUGAAUCAAACUAUAUAUUGGUCAAAUAUGACAUGUGUCAGCAAUUCUCUCAGAGGAGUCUUGCCACAGACCGUGACAAACUCCACCUUGACGAGCCACUUGCCCCAUGGACAACAAAUCUGGUCAUGGAAUGCUGGAAAUAUGUCAAUGGAAAAUAUUCCGGGUGGUAACAAAAGCUCUCACUGUCAAAUUAGCGUCGCGCUAGACACGGUCAUCGGCUCUGAUGAUCAGACUCUUCAAGCAAAGUUUUGGGAACCUAUGGGCUCUGAUGGGAAAUUGCUGGCUUCGUCAGCCUUCACCUAUGAUGAUUGCAGCUCCUUCAAGGUUUUCGGGGUCAUUGUCGAUAUGGAACUCGCCGCAGGAAACGUCUCCGACUCAAACGUCACAGUGCUUGCCUGUUCACCAACAUAUCAACAGGCCUGGGCCGCCGUCACUUUCAACCCAAACGCCUCCAUCGCCGAUGUGGAUAUGACGCCUUCAACUGUCAAGUCUCUCGAUCCGGUUGCUUUUUAUGUCGAUGGAAUUCAUGAUUUGAUUGCUUCCCGAUAUCUGACAUCAGAGUCCGACGUCAGGCUUGGAAACAACUCACAGCUCAACGUCUCUGCCAGUAACGAUGACCGUGUCAUCGUCUCGACUGAUUCCACCAUCCCCUGGGGGUUCCCCACACCCGUCGAAGCGCAACAGCGGAGCUUUGUGGUCAUCUUGACGGUCGCAUCCAAGGCCGCAACGGUUGCUGAAGCUAUUCUGGCAUUGGGUCUCUUCUCAAUCGCUGCUCUGACAUAUGUGUAUCGGCAUCGGCCUAAUUUUCUUCAAUGGGAUCCAGGUUCAAUUGCUGCUCAAUGCACCAUCGUUGCACAGCUCUUCAAGUCAUCGACCAAGGUCAUGUUCUCAGAGGCAAAAUUGCAUUUGGCAACCACUCGUCAACUUCGUCAGUGGGCCAAUGGCAAAUGGUGUGAAUGGGUUGAAGAAGAUGGCGAAGCAAAGAUUCAAGUCGUUGAUCGGAGUGAAGCAUCUCUAGCUCCACCGCAUCCACCUCCCGGUCGGCGAGACCCUAUGCCGCAUUUCUUGAGGCCCAUCUUGUUUCUUCUGGAGUGCUUGCUAUUUGCAGCGAUAUUGACUCUUUUCGGUGUUAGCUUGGCAUACCUUCGCUGGAAGAAUAUCAACUCUUUCUUCAGUACCGGGGCAACCGUGGCCAUGAUUUUCCUAAACUUCGGACCAACUGCAAUUGCGUCUAUCAUUGGCUCGUUCCUCGUCUCGAUUUAUCGCAAUUUGAGCUCGAUGGAGCCCUGGAUCAGGCUGCAAGACGGAAUGGUCAACGCACGGCAGUCUGUCGUCGAGAACUACGGCAUUCAAACUCCCUUCAUACCAUUGUUCAUUAAACGCCACCGAAGACCCGGGAUUCUUUUUGCACUGUCUAUUGCGUGCCUGGGAGACCUUAUUCUUCGACUUCUCAGCGGUGGUCUCUUUACGCCACAACUGAAAAACUAUUCGUCGCCGAGCUCGGAUUUGUCCAAUUUGUACAAUUCUUCUGCCAUGGUCAAUAAUGUCAAACAGACUGAUAUCGAAAUUUCUUUGGUGGCGACGGGCAGGCUUUUGAACAAUGUCUCUUUCCUCCAGUGGGCUUCAACCGAUGGAAAAUUCUUGAUGGUGCCAUUCUCGAUUCAUAAUGCUUCCGACGAUGACUACACUGUAUAUUCUGCAACUACGCGUGGAAUCGGAGCCGAUCUCGACUGCAAAGUGCUCCCUGAUGUUGUUGCCGACCAUUCGCUCUCCUGGAACUAUACGGUAUCCCAAGCCGGAGCCAGUCAGACAUGCACGGUCGAUAUUCCCCUGACAGAUGAUUUGACAAGCAGAAAAGGAAAGUCCGUCCACUAUUACGCCCCAAAUGGGACCUCUACCUUCUGUCAAGAAUCCAGCAUCUUUGUCUUGGCAUUCUGGGACCUGAAAAACCUGACCGAUAUCAACGAAGCCACGUCAACCGCAUUGCACUGUGAACCAAAAAUCCACAUCGAGGAUUUCCACGUCGAGUUCGAUUCUAGUGGAAUGGUCCAGGAUCAAAACGCUGUCUCUGGGAGCGCCAUUACAAGCGGAGGGCUCUUUCAAAACGCAUCCGCAGUCUUGGCAGACUUCAAUCAAAUGUUGACCGGAAAGCCUCGGAAUUUCACAUCACAUCGCUUCAACUACUCGACCACCCAUCACCACCAUCCCCAUCAUCGACACGACUGGUCCGGACGUUUAACUGCAAAUACCUACGCCGCGACGUUCCCGCACGACUUCACGUUGAAGCCAAGGCAUCUCAUUCUUUCCGUCCAGACAGUCUACCAAACUGUCUUCAGUACACACCUCGCUCUUUGGAAGGAUAACUUCCUUGAACGUAUCCCACCCCAUUCUGCUCAAACAGCACACGGUGAUCUCCUAGAUAGCCUGUGGGGAUUCAUUCCAUCCACCAGCUUGGUGGUCAUCAUCAUUUGCCUGCUGGCCAUCGAUGCAGUUGCUCUCAUAGCCGUCUUCGCACUUCGCUUCAACCGCUACCGAGGACCUCGCGUUCCAAGGUCUCUCGGAUCUCUAAUUCCCUGGGUUGUGCAGAGUCGCAUGCUCUCCGACCUUGGGGAUACGUGGGAAAUGAGCGAGCGCGAACGUGAGAGGUAUUUGCUUGAGAAAGACUACAAGUAUCGAGUUGGUGACUUUACGGCCGUGGGUGGGCCGCCGUGGGCUUUGGAUUAUGAUUACGAUGACCAACGGGCAGACUCGGGUAUUGAACUGCAGGAACGCGGACCUGUUGAUUAG